AUGAAUUGGUACGCCAGAGGCUUCAUCACUACAUGUCUCACUGUUUGGGCAAAUGGGCUCGCCGCUCCAAAAAAAGCCUCCGAAUAUCCAGGAUUCAACACAUGGUUGACGGACAACGCGAUCGAAGUGGAACCGACGCCGAUGGAAUGGGAGAAUGGCGGUGAGAACAUUCCUGCCUGGCUCCAAGGAACUUAUAUGAAGAAUGGACCAGCACGAUCCAAGUUUGGUGAUGAUGGGCCCGAGUAUCAAAACAUGGUGGAUGGUUGGGCCAAAAUCAACAAGUUCGUCAUCCAAGACAAUGGCCAACUGACCUAUUCGUCAGGAUUUGUGAACUGUCCCCUGUACCAAGACUUUGUGGAUCAUCAAAGGAUGACUCCUCAUACAAUACUGGGGAAACUGAUGGGCGACGAUUUCGAAUGUCCCGAUUUGAAGACUUUUGCCAAGGGAGCACAGAUUGAAAAUGACAACGUUACGAUUGAGAAAAUGAAAGUGAAAGGCAAGACCGCAAUGAUUGCAUCUACAGAUUCUGCCACUGUCAAUCAAUUCGACAAGGACAACUUUGCCUAUCGACGAACUGUCCAGACUGCACCUUUGAUAGCACAAGACCUUGUACUUAUGGCGCAGGAAUUGCUCCAGCAGGAUGGAACAUCCGCAAUGACAGCCAUAGAAAAAGAAAUCAUUGAAGACAUGUUGGGAAUUAACGAGCAAGAGUUCGUCAAUAUGCUGAAUGAUGAGAUCAAUUUGGAUGAUGUCGUCAAUGAAACAGUUAAAGGCGUUUCUGUACAUUCUUCUACUAUGGAAGAUAAUGAGAUUACCGAAAGGUCGUUAGCAGGUGAACUCAGCAAGUCGGACGCCAAAAAUCCUGUCGAGCUCGUCACAAUGGAGCUAUGCAAAACUGUCAACAAAGCAUUUUCGUUUAUUUGGGAGGACAUCUUGAGAAGAGCCUUUCGUCUCUUGUGGAAUGAAAUCCAGAGUAGGAUUCCAAGGGGCACAUUUGGAAGCUGUGCUCAUUGGAAGAAAAGGCCUGGACAGCCGGACAACUUUCUCAAUUAUGGCAUGUCUGGACUAUUAUUGAGUCCAAAACUGUCGCUCUAUCAGUUUACAAAUGGCGAAGUACUAGACGAUUCUUCGGGGCAUCGGGAGCUACUUGGAGAAGCAAUGGUCCCACUCAAGUCCCUCAUCCACGAAUUCAGUGUGACGCCAAAUUAUGCAAUAUUCUUCUGUUACCCAGUCAUUCUUGACUUUUCCAAGGUCGAUCUCAAGAGCGCCGCAUUAACCAUGCUGAAUGAGGAUGAAACCUGGAAUGAGCUCAAGACAGCAGCAAGGGAGACGAUACAACCAAAGUUUCUGAUACCUUUCUUUGAAUGGGGUUUGGACCGCCUGGAGCCCAUUGUCCGAGCCAAAAUCGAAAAAAUACAGCCAUCCAAACGAUAUCCACUUCAAGAUUUGCUAUCUAUCAUGAAUACGACCGCUGCUGACACGACUCAUGUUGUCGUCUUUGACCUGAAUGAGCGUAAAGAAGUAAUGAGCGCGACCGUCGAUGGUUUCUAUGGAACCCACCAUGUCAAUGCCUUUGAAGCCAGUGACGGAACUUUGGUAUGUGAUGUGGUUCAUGCACCGAAUGAUGCCUUGCAGCACUUUACAGACAAACAGUUUCUUCGGAACCAUCCUGUGGACGAAACCAAAUUCACAACUCCCUUUGAAAUUCAGCGGUACACCAUUGACCUUGUUUCCAACUCUAUCGAGAAGGAGUCUUGGGAUGAAGUGUUUGGUAUUCCUGCAAAGAAUCGCAGAUUUGUCCAUCAGUUUGAUUUCCCAAAUGUCCAUCCAAAUAGAGCCGGAUAUGAGUAUCGGUAUGCCUACGGCCAAUCCAUGAUUGACUUUCAGCGGCAUUAUCUGAUCAAAAAGGAUUUGAAGCGUCGUGAUGGACACGAUAUGGUUUGGCCCAACGACGACAGUGAUUCUUCCACCAAUUGCCAAUAUAGUGGAGAGCCAUUCUUUAUUCCAACUCCAGAAGGUUCGGCGGAAGAUGAUGGAGUUGUCUUAUCCGUAGUGCUGGAUGGGAGACGGCCGAAUCCCAAUCCAGAGAUGAUUGAAAGUCCAGGAGAAUCGUACUUGCUGGUGUUGAAUGCGACAACAUUUGAGGAGUUGGACCGAGCCUACCUUGGCUGUCACAUCCCACUGAGCAUCCACGGCAAUUGGUUCAAUGAAAUACUUUAG